AUGAUUAAACAGAUUCUCGGGCGGCUUCCCAGGAGGCCUUCCAAGUCCGGGGAGCAUCGAGACGCCGGCAGCGGACAUGAAGCUUCACUGACCAAUGUUCCCACUAGUUCCAGGAGCGGCGAUCUUCUGCGGAACCGGUCAACGAGCCAGAGCAAUCCAGCCGCCCCUGGCUCCAGCUCGGACUUGGAGCAUGGGAAUAAGCACAAUCUGGGCAAUGAUCCCAAGUCGAACGGGAACUCAAUCGCCUCAGCUUACGAGGCGCUGCCCGGAUUCAGAGACGUCCCGAACUCCGAGAAGCAGAAUCUGUUCAUUAAGAAGCUGAAUCUGUGCUGCGUGCUGUUUGAUUUCACUGACCCGUCGAAGAACCUCAAGGAGAAGGAGACUAAGCGGCAGACCCUCCUGGAGCUGGUGGAUUAUGUUACCUCCGCCAAUGGGAAAUUCACUGAGACUGUCGUGCAGGAGAUCACUAGAAUGGUCUCUUUGAAUCUGUUCAGGGCCCUCACUUCCCCCCCUCAUGAGAAGACGAUGCUGGACGCCUUUGACGUUGAAGAGGAAGAAUCUGUGAUGGAUCCGGCGUGGCCGCACCUGCAGGUAGUAUAUGAGUUCUUCCUAAGGUUUGUGGCAUCUCCCGAGAUCGACUCGAAGCUGGCCAAGCGGCACAUCGAUCAUUCCUUCGUUCUUCAGCUGCUCGAUCUCUUUGACUCGGAGGAUCCCAGGGAGAGAGAGUACCUGAAGACGAUUCUUCACCGCAUCUAUGGAAAGUUCAUGGUGCACCGCCCAUUCAUUAGGAAAGCCAUUAACAGCAUCUUCUAUCGAUUUAUCUUUGAGACCGAGAAGCACAAUGGAAUCGCAGAGCUCCUGGAGAUUCUGGGAAGCAUAAUCAAUGGCUUCGCCCUGCCGCUCAAGGAAGAGCACAAGCUCUUUCUCGUGAGGGUGCUGAUUCCCCUCCACAAGCCCAAGUGCAUCCCAAUGUACUACCAGCAGCUGUCUUACUGCAUAACCCAGUUUGUGGAGAAGGAUUGCAAACUUGCUGAUAUUGUUAUCAGGGGCCUGUUGAAGUACUGGCCUCUGACGAACAGCUCCAAGGAGGUGAUGUUCUUGGGGGAGCUCGAGGAAGUCCUGGAGGUGACUCAGCCUGCCGAAUUCCAGCGUUGCAUGGUGCCGCUCUUCUCUCGGAUCACCCGCUGCUUGAACAGUUCGCACUUCCAGGUGAGACAAAAAACGAAUUCUUACUCUGUUGCCAUUACAGCCACUCGAGGUUUGGGACCAAAGUCUUUUUCUUUUUCAGUGUUCAUCUGUUAACUCUUUAGAAAUAGUCUGCCAGAUCCGAUGCCAUGGAGCUUCUUGAUUACAUGCUUCUACAAAAGUUUUUUGCCUGUUUUCUAUUUAGGAUGCUGUUCCCUGUUCUUGAUGAACUACGGUCAAUGAUUGAUGCUUUUUAAGUGCAUUUGUCGACCAUUGCCUGUAGCGUUAGGCUAGGAUUGGUGGUGGCCUCACAGUUUUGUGGAACAUCACCUUCACAUGGAAGUAACAGAACCUUGGAUGAUGGCUCUGGAAUUGGUUGCUGAUGCCAUGCUACUAUCUGAUGUGGUAUCUCUGUGGAUGACGACAUCCAUGGAGGUGCAGCUCUUGGGCUGCCUUUGGGACACCUCCUAUCAUGAUCAAAGGGAGGAAGGAGGUAAUUGACAAUUUGGGAUACCUCCUCUCCUCUGUGUUGAUGAUGUUUUUGAUAUUGGUUGAUGUAUCAGCAAUCAAAGUUAUUGUCUGAAAAAUGCCAAUCAGGGUUCUUCGUUUUGGUGACAAUGACUUCACCAAAGUGUCGGAGUUGUCGUCCCUCUCUUGGUGGAUUCAGCUGGUAAAAUAUCGGUCGAUGCAGUCAAGGUUGACCCAUUUUAUGUCCCUUUCUCUUCAGGCAACCUAACAUGCUGAUUUUCAUAGAUUGCUGCCCAUGGUAUCGUCCCCUACACCCAGUGUUCACUUGAAGGGACUGUUCAUUCCUGCCCUAAAAUAGACUGCUCAGCCUGUAGAUGUGCCCAAGGACAUCGAGGCACAUGCUGCUAACCAGAUGGUCGAUGCAGUUCAAGAUUUCUCUUCUUUGACUUUUACCCAUCUGGCUUCCUAUUCCAAAGGUCAUAGCCUGGAACAGAAAAGGUGGAAAUUGGAUCGGCCGCAGCUGAUCCAGUUUCAACAGAAGAAAUCUCAUCCCAGUUCCAAUUAAGGAAAAUACGAAAAAUAUGCUCCAAGUUGGGGGAUCCCUCUUUGUUCUCCCAAUUCCCAUGCUUCAUCUGCUGCUCGAAAAAGGGUAGGCAAGGGCAACAGGUCGGAGGAAGAAGAACAGGCUGGUUUUGUCUGCCAGGCAGUCGUUGCUUUCCAUUUUCUCCAUGAGUUAGUUCCAGUUUUAAUUUCCCAGCUACUUGUUUCAUGGCUUUUAUUUGAGCCGCGGAUCCUACCCUAGAAACGGAAAUACCCACAUUAAUAGCAGGUCGUAUUCCAGCAUUGAACAGAUUAGCCGAUAAGAAUAUUUGUCCAUCAGGGGGCUCUUCCUCCCCAGCAUUGAUUAUUUAGAAUGAAUAAUUGAUCGGGGUCAGUUGACUUUGCCCUCAAUCCUGGAAUUUUAUAAAAGAGAAAAAGAUGAUGAUCAUGUCGUUGACCUGUUAUUAUAUUAAUUUCUGCCGUCGUCUUUGGUCGCCGCAGGUUGCAGAGAGGGCCCUUUUCUUGUGGAACAACGAUCACAUUGAGAACCUGAUCCGGCAGAAUCGUGUCGUUGACCUGUUAUUAUAUUAAUUUCUGGUCGUCUUUGGUCGCCGCAUUGCAGAGAGGGCCCUUUUCUUGUGGAACCGAUCACAUUGAGAACCUGAUCCGGCAGAAUCGGAAGGUGAUUCCCGAUGGCCCUGGAGAGGAACACGACGAGCCACUGGAACCAGGCAGUGCAGAGCCUGACGAUGAACGUCCGCAAGAUCUUCACCGACCACGACCCCGAGCUGUUCGAGGAGUGCCUCCAGAGGUUCCAGCAGGACGAGGCCAGGGGCCAUGAGGCCCGAGCGAGGCGGGACGCCACUUGGCGGCGCCUGGAGGAGAUCGCCGCCUCAAAGGCCGCCAGCAACCAGGCCGUCCUCGUCCUCCGGAGCCCGCUGGGGCCCUCCCCGUCCUUCAGCUAG